AGUGCCCGAGCCCCUGGCGGAGAGGUCGGCUGAACAAAGCUCAGACUCAAUUGUGCUUCCUGCUUGUCAGCCUCUUGCCUCCCAAACGUGAACCAUUUCCACUUGAUGUCAUCACGCAGAAGGGAGUGAAAGGGACUCGGUGACAGAUUCAGAAAUGGACGCACCUGAGCAUGCUCGAUGCCUGUGAGCCCCCCGAUCACCUCACGACUUGGCAAAGACCCGAAGAAGGAAGGUGCCGGAGUGGUGGCCUCUGAGAACAAGUGUCUUCGCCUUGGCCUUGGCCUUGACCUUGCUGCCCCCGGUCCACGAUGGAGACGCUCUCCCAGGAUUCUUUGCUGGAAUGUCAGAUCUGUUUCAAUUAUUACAGCCCCCGGCGCAGACCCAAGCUGCUGGAUUGCAAACACACCUGCUGCUCGGUGUGCCUUCAGCAGAUGAGGACGAGCCAAAAGGACGUGAGGUGCCCUUGGUGCCGGGGCAUCACCAAGCUGCCUCCGGGCUUCUCGGUGGCGCAGCUCCCCGACGACCCCGAGGUCCUCGCUGUCAUUGCCAUCCCGCACACCUCCGAGCACACCCCGGUCUUCAUCAAACUUCCCAGCAAUGGGUGCUACAUGCUGCCCCUACCCAUCUCCAAGGAGCGAGCACUGCUGCCCGGAGACAUGGGCUGCCGCCUGCUGCCCGGGAGCCAGCAGAAGUCUGUCACCGUGGUGACCAUCCCCGCAGAGCAGCAGCCUCUGCAAGGAGGGGCUCCCCAGGAGGUGGCGGAGGAGGAGCCAGACAGGCGGGGCGUGGUGAAGAGCUCCACCUGGUCCGGGGUGUGCACUGUGAUCUUGGUGGCCUGUGUCCUGGUCUUUCUUCUGGGCAUCGUGCUCCACAACAUGUCUUGCAUUUCUAAGCGCUUCACUGUGAUCUCCUGCGGCUGAAAGGGCUGCAGGGAUGUCUCUGGUGGGUGCCAACUAGGGGUUGAGCAGGUGUUGGUGAUGGGACCGAGAGGAGAAGAUGGGGGUGACGCUGAUCAUUUGGUGCCAAGCGCUGGCCUCUGGGCUGCCACUUGAUGAACCCAAGACAAACACGAGGGGCAGAGUGGAAGGUCUCAAUGGGACGCCGGGCGGAUCGCCCUGAGCGGCGCUGGCAGCAGCUUCGAAGACAAUUGCAUGCGUCCUCAUAGUCAUUUAUUAAACGGACUGUAAUCUGUGGUUUCUCCAAGUCACGUGCCGGGACAGACCUAGGCUCCUUAGAUGUUGAACCGUGCAAGUGCGUCCAGUGUGAGCUCUAGAUGCGGUAGAUUUAAACAGAUGCACGUAGCAUCCCGCCUGCGGAUCCGUGGCAAGUUCAGCGACGGCACACAGUGCUGCUUUCUUUCCUUUUGCAAAUGAAACCCAGUCUUCACUUGGUUCUUACACUUUCCGAAUGGCACCCGAAUUGAAAAAUGCGUAGAGCGGACCGUUGCUUUCUGAAGAAAAUAUUUGAGCAAGUGUUUCCGAUGUGCUGUGUCUUGUUUGUGGUGUCCCUUCGCUUCCUUCCCCCGUAGUUAGAGCUUGAUGCGUGCUUACUCAGUGCAAAGCCCAGCGGGGGAGCAGCGACUGAGCGAUGAGGAGAAACGCCUAAUCCCACCGGAAAACUAGAUGCCAAUUUUUCUCAAGCCAUCUCACAAAAUAAGAAUUUUAGAUGUAAAUAUUGUAUAUUUGUAUCUGUGUGUGAGUGAUUUGAUUUACCUCAGGUUUUGCAUCUCUUCAGAAGAAUCCUGGUAGGAAGAGUCCCGGGUCCGAAACAGCGGCCACCUCCUGGGCCCCGGGACCCACCCCGUGGGGAGCCACACACUCGCCACGUCCAGUACUUGCUCCUCUCCUGUGCAUUCAAGCCCUUGUCCCGUGAGGCACAGGUGGAGGGGAUCAGAUCCUCCGUCGUCUUUCCCAGUGUGGGGAUGUGCUAAUAGUCUGCGGCGAUAAGCAAUGACAGACCCGGACUGGCGUUUUAGUAGACAGUCCACGAUGAUUUUUGAAAGAGAUUGUUCCGUGAUAGUUAAACCGUUCAGAAUUCCAGUUUCCUCUUGUUGUGUAAGUAAGAAUAUCUCUUGUAUUUUGAAAUGUUUUUAUUGAGAACAGGGGCAAGGUAAACCGACAUGCUCAAUGUAAAUGGACCAGUUCCUCCUAAAUUCUCAGAUGCUCUUACAUGUGUCACGGUCUGCGGAGGCUCACGGAGCCUGAGGACGCACGCCUGUGCCUGCAUGUAGAAGUAGCUGGGGGCUUUCCAGUUCUCUUCGAACUUCUUCCGCGGCAUUCCCAAAGCAAGUGCAUGUGGCAAGGACUCCGCUCAGAAAUACAUACGUUUAUGUUCCACUGAGUCCAUGAAAAUAGGGGAGAGAGGGGGAAACAGUGACUGGUUCCAAAAACAAAGCUAGAAAUAACCCUGUAAGAAGGAGACAAUUUAAUUUACUUCUAUGCUAACUAUUAUCUUCAAGCAGCACAAAUAUGCACAUCGAAGUGGUGGAAAUUAUGGGAUCGAGAAUGACAAUACAAUGACUAGAACCCAAAGCUAACACUGUUCAUUGGUUUGAGGAUUUGAUAUAAAAAAUACAAACUCGGGCUUUUCAAAUCUUAGGAAGUGUAUUUGAAAGCUCAAACUAGAAAUUAGGUUAAAAUGCCAUUUUCUUGUGUAAGCUAUUGGGCAUCAUGCAACAAAUCUAGGAUUUGUUUGGUAUUAACAAUUUAGGUAUGUUAGCUGAAUGCGAUCCUCUGUUAUGUAACACAAUAUACUGUUGGGUUAGUGUCAAUUUCUCAAAUUCAACCAGGCUGCUGUAAUGCAUGUCUGACCCAAUUUCUAUUCCUCUUGGAAAAAAGGGAAAAAAACACCCACAGAAAUGUUGCAUUAAGAACACCACAUUUCAAAUGGACUUGACUCUCGCAAUUUUAAGCCGUGCCAGUGAAUUUUGUAAAUGAUAGCUACAUACAUUUAUGUAUAGUAAGAAAUGACCAGCCGUGUAGUGUAUAGUAUUUGAUAGACUUUUAUGUGUUAGGUAGGUUAUAUACAGACACUAACAUGUAUGACAGUACAGUGCCCUGUGUUUCUUAGUGUAAAAAUAUUGAGUAAAAACAUUCACGCAACUUUUACUUAAAAACAGUCCGAUGCUAGAGCUGCAGUUGAACAGUGCAGAAUUAAUCAGCUCCACGAUAGAUUCGUGACUUUACAGCCUAGUGUAACAAUAACUACCCACAUCAGAAUUUUCUAUGUGAGUCUUACUGACAUGAGAAACACUGUUUGAAUUCUACUUACAGUUCAUUGUG